GACUUUGCUGGUCGGCUCCAUCACCACAUCGAUUGCAAUGUCGUGCGUAUUCUUCUGCUGCCCUGAUACGAUGCGACGCAGUCCGACGAACUACAUACUUCUCGCCGUCUUCACAGUUGCAGAGGCUGUCAUGGUUGGCUUCAUCAGCGCGCAGUACACGCAAGAGUCUGUGCUGAUCGUGAUUGCUGUCACCAGCAUCGUCGUUGUUGGUCUCACGCUGUUCGCCUGCCAGACGAAGUAUGACAUAACCGGCUUCCU